AUGGUCCUUGGUCACGGUGCUCCCGUGAACCCCAACAGCAUCUAUGUCCCGUUCCCCCCCAACGUUACCAGCGGAGCUGCCUUUUUACUGAAUGCCAUCGCAGUCCCAUCAGCUUUGCGUGCAGCGGGAAGCGUGCAAUCAACAGACCUCUCAUGGUACGACAAUAAAGUACAGAUCGAUAGUCCCGUCACGCUUAACGGUCGACCUGACAUUGGUGAGGGAGAGUAUGUGAGCCAGUAUGGCUAUCGAUACGACGUGGCAGCCAAAGACUUCGGAUUACAGCGCUACACCGGCCUUGUUCUACACGUCGAGGGUUUAUGCACUACGGAAUACGGCUGGCACUCAAACUCGUCUAGCACAGAUGGCAAAGAAUCGUACUGCCUCUGGGGUAAUUGCAGCCUACCAAUCACCAUUCCAGUCUACGAUUCACCCAUACCAGUCGCCGUUUUCAAGACAGAUCUUGCGUCCACAAUCAACAAUCCGGCACAUUUGAACCAUUCGUUCGCCAUGAUUGUCUCUUCGGCUGGACACACGAGCUACUUUGAAGGAAAAGACCCUUUCUAUCUCACUGGACCAAAAUACACAGAGAUUCGGUCAAAUAAGGUAUACCGAGUCAAGAAAGGCCGCCCCAUCCUGUCGUGCUGGCAGUCAGACGCGUGGAGGUACAGAAAUCAGCAAUUCGCAGUCAAAGGUCUAAGCAGCAUCAUCACCGACUUUCCAGAAGCAUUGGGAAACGUUUUGAUAUCUCAUCUAUCUGAGCCCAUGAUGACAAAACUUGGGCUUCAACUGGGUCAGUCGGCGUUAUUUUCGGCCAGAUCAUCGCUUGGAAUCAACUUCUACGCCGCAGGUGCCAGCGUCCAUGCGGAUCUCACUCACCUGAUUCUUGCAUCAUACAUCGCCACAAAGAAUAUUUUGACAGAUACUGCCCUGGUAAGGGGCGAUAACGCUACAGACACGGGAAUUCCAAGUCUUUUGGACGAUGAACAGUUGAAGGAUAUGGCCAUAUUCGUGAUUUACAGCAAGGACAUCAGCGCCCUCUCCCUCGCGGUACUCAUUGCUGUCCCCAUAGUAGUUGCGGUGAUGUUCCUGAUUGCCUACAUCGUAACAUCGCACCCUUGGUUCCCAUGGUACGUUGUGCAAGGCUACCAAGCAACAGCCCUCUACAACCUACUGGACGAGAAGCUCUCCGGUGCAGAACAACCUUCUUCUGAUGAUACCAAAAAGGAGCAGAGCCAUGGUCAUCAUUCAUGGAGGCAUAAUACGAUCGCACGGUUCGAAGGACCUAGGGCUUCGGGCAGACAGGCGUCUAUUGUUCAAGGAGCUGAUGGGCAACCCACCUUGAUUGUAACAGAACGCGCAGAGCGUCCUGAGCCGCGUCAAACGCCUGGUGAAAGGUGA